AUGGGGCUGCCGGGCCGGUGUUCCUUCACAGCCAAUUUGCUCAGGCUUGACGGAGUAGAUCGUGGAUCGAUCAGAGACUUCUUGUUGCCCCUGAGAAAGGAAAUCAUCGCGUCAAUCAGUCUCCACAAGUACUGCCCACUGCUUUACCCGUUGUCAGCAGACAGCUUGGGCUCAUAUGGGUUUUUCAAAGCUUCUUAUGCGUGCCAAGUGAACCGGUGCAGUGAUCACCACGAACCAGCGCUGCCUCGUUGCUUCCACGCGGAAUUGUAG